GGGAAUUAGAACAACUCCAAGGGUCGCAGGUCGGAGCUGGGUGGAUAGGGACCUUCAGAGUCGCGGUCGGGUUCUAUGCACCGCAGGAGCGGCGCGAACGUAGCAGGCGCCCCCUGGAGGUCGUACACCUCCCUCCUUAUAGUGGCGCGCUCUCAUCCCAGGCUCGGAGCUCGGAGCUCUUCCCGCCAGCAAGGAUGGCACUGUCUGCUGCGGACCAGGCAAUGGUGCGUGCUCUGUGGAAGAAAAUGGACACCAACGUCUGUAUCUACGCGACCGAGGCCCUGGAGAGAACCUUCCUGGCUUUCCCCUCCACCAAGACCUACUUCCCGAACUGGAACUUGAGCACUGGCUCUGCCCAGGUCAAAGUCCACGGUCAGAAAGUGGCCGACGCGCUGACCCUCGCCGUGAACCAGCUGCACGACCUGCCCCACGUGCUGUCUGCUCUGAGCGACCUGCACGCGCACAAGCUUCGCGUAGACCCCAUCAACUUUAAGUUCCUGGACCACUGUCUACUGGUGACUCUUGCCCGGCACUACCCUGGAGACUUCAGCCCUGCCAUGCAGGCAUCACUGGACAAGUUUCUGAGCCUUGUGACAUCAGUUCUGGUCUCCAAGUACCGCUAAACUGGGUGAGGGUG